AUGGCCAAGCCGCUGCAAGAACGCUUCAAAGGAUCCUCCGAGUUUCUUGACUUGGAACCCGAAGAAAGACCAGAGACACAAGAAGCAAAGCUAGAUGUAAUCCCAUUAGGUGAGCAUGAGCGAGAGGUCACUCCGGAAUCCAAGUCUCCAGUAAUUGGGCCCGCAGAGACACCUGGCAAUCCUGACGGCGAGCAGGAUACUGAAAUGCGUUCCCCUUCCGAAGUCCCACCUCAAGAAGAGGCGCCGGAAGUUCCCAACCUCGACUGGACGCAGGUUCCCAUUCCAGGCGAUUCAGCAUCUGAAGAGUUAGAGGAGUGGUUUGGGGAUAAUCCUAGGGAGGAAGAGGCUAUGACCUGUAGGGUAGAUAGUUGUUGGGAGGUUGAUGUGACUCCAGCCGAUUGGUGGGAGCUUCCGGAGCAGCUUGACGAGGAUAUGAUUUUUCUUGCCAGUGAAAGUCGGAAGAAGCGAGUUGAGGUGAAGCUUCGCGACAUGACUGUGAAAGAUCAGCGUAGGUUUGCUGCAGCCAAACACAAAGAAGUCAGCGCUUGGAUUGCUCACAAGACUGUCAAACGGAUGGUCUCACCAAAUCUAUGGACGCUAGCAGACUUCGAGAGUGCCUUCGGAGUG